GUCACUUUUGUUUAGGGGGGGUUUCAUUUCCCUCUACGCAAUCCCAAUAGCAAUUAUUGCCACGCCUAGAUUUUCUCCCCCUUUGAUCUCUUACCCUUUUUCUUUUCUCCAAAGUUUCAACCUUGGAUCAAUUCAACAAUGGGAAACGCCCUCAGGUUCCUCUACGGCCAUUGCUGCAAGCCAACCGCUGCUGGUGAUUCUGAUUCGCUUGGACCACACGGUGUGUCCUCUGCCACCGUUGGUGUUUCAGCACUUGCCCACGAUCUCUUUCAUUUCGAGAUCACCUCCCAGGUUCCUGAAGGACUGAGCAAGCAUGUUGUGUCUUCUAAGAAGGCUCAGGCUAAUUGGUAUAGAAAGUUGGUAAAUGCUUGGAAAGAGGGAAAACCCCCUCCCAAGACCCCUGAAGAAGCAGCUAGACUUGUCAUUCACACCUUGAAAAGGCAUCAAAAAGCAGAUGUUGAGGGAUUGUUAGCUUUUUAUGGCCUUCCUCUACCACACACUCUUGAGGAAGUAGUUGUUCAAAUCCCUACAUCCUUGCCGGAUGGAGUACAAUAUGAAAUGCAUACCUUGCCAGUUGAUGCCAAAGCAGUGGCAGAUGGUGAUACUAUAACAGUGUAUGUUAGCACUGCAGACCCUAGGGAAUCAUCAUUUGUUCCUGGCAAUGUGCACGCAGCAGCCGUGCAAAGAUCAGAAGCCCGUGCUCAGAGGAACUAUGUAGAGGCAGAUGCAUUUCACCAACAAAUUAUUGAUUCAGGAUACCGGGUGAUUUCUCUUCAAAAUGAGGAAAUCUUAGCUAAAAAGUAUAGGAUUCGACUCAGGGGAAUCGAUGCACCAGAGAGUGCAAUGCCAUACGGCAAGGAAGCUAAAAUUGAAUUGACCAAGAUUGUUCAAGGGAAAUCCUUGAGGAUCUUUGUUUAUGGUGAAGAUCGCUAUGGUCGUUCAGUAGGUGAUAUAUAUUGUAAUGGUAUUUUUGUACAGGAACUGAUGUUAAAGAAGGGUUUAGCAUGGCACUACACUGCAUACGACAAACGACCUGAGUUUGAAGCAUGGGAAAAAGAAGCUAGAACAAGGCGAAUUGGAUUAUGGGCUUCAAAAAAUCCUGAGAAGCCAUGGGACUGGAGAAAGGACAAACGGGAAGGUAAAUGACAUUGCCUAAAAUCACACUAGCAGAAUUACUAGUGUUUUCGAGGGAAAAAUUCAAUCAAAAGGUACUUCAUUCAAUAUUAGUGUAUCAUUGUUCUAAGGAAGUACAUGUAUGUAGAACAGCUGUGA